GCGAUCACAUGACCCCGCUCUGUCUCUCAUUCAAUUCAAUUUCCUCCCGCAACCAACUUCUUUAAUUCCGCCAACCCUUCACUACACUUCCUCCUCUCCUCUACGCUCAAUCUUCCUCAUCGGCAAUUCUGUGCUCCUGGAUAACCGCAUUGGACAAGCAAGCAGCGGCAGAGCAAGGGAAGCAUGGAAGUCUAUACUAUUCAGGUUGAGGAAGGGAAGCCGACAGUGGGAAACAAGCCCUCCUGCGGUCCUGUUUAUCGAUGUAUCUAUGCGAAAGAUGGUCUCCUCGAAUCACCUGUUGGAAUCGAUUCCCCCUGGGAUUUCUUUAGCGAGUCGGUUAAGAGAUACCCUAAGAACCAAAUGCUUGGUCGUCGUCAAGUGAUUGAUGGAAAGGCAGGAAAUUAUGUAUGGCAAACAUAUGAGGAGGCUUAUGAAGUAGCUCUAAAGAUUGGAUCAGCCAUAAGGCAGACUGGUGUCAAUCUGGGAGACUGCUGUGGGAUAUAUGGAUCUAACUGUCCUGAAUGGUUGAUUGCCAUGGAGGCCUGCAAUAGCCAAGGAAUCUGUUACGUGCCACUAUAUGACAGCCUUGGUCCAAAUGCUGUAGAAUUUAUUAUCAACCAUGCAGAAGUCUCAAUAGCAUUUGUCCAGGAAAACAAGAUGCAUUCUAUAUUGAUGUGUCUUCCAAGGUGUGCACAUCUUAAGACCAUUGUUAGCUUCGGAAUGGUAACUGGUGAACAGAAAAAGGAAGCUGAAAAUGUUGGAGUAUCUUGCUUUUCAUGGCAGGAAUUCGUUUUCAUGGCAACUGUGAACUGCAAACUUCCACCUAAGAGAAAGGAUGACAUUUGCACAAUAAUGUACACCAGUGGGACAACUGGUGAGCCAAAAGGUGUGAUAUUGACAAACAAAGCGAUCAUAGCUGAGGUCAUCAAUAAUGAACAUCUGCUUCGUGAGACUGAUAAAGUGUUUACAGAGGAAGAUUCAUACUUGUCGUUCCUUCCAUUAGCACAUGUCUUUGAUCAGAUAAUGGAAAUCUACUGCAUCUAUAAGGGUGCCUCCAUUGGAUUUUGGCAAGGGGAUGUUAGGUAUUUGAUGGAGGACAUCCAGGAACUAAAGCCUACAAUAUUUUGUGGUGUUCCUCGAGUUUAUGACCGUAUAUAUACAGGCAUCAAUCAGAAGAUCUCAUCUGGAGGACUGUUAGCAAGGAUGUCGUUCCAGUUUGCUUAUGUCUACAAGUUGCAGAAACUGAGGAGAGGGUUCAAACAAGAUGAAGCAUCGCCGUCCAUCGACCGUCUAAUCUUCAACAAAAUCAGACAAGUCACAGGAGGCCGUGUGCGCAUAAUGAUAUCUGGAGCUGCACCAUUGCCGAGGCAUGUGGAAGAGUUUCUUAGAGUAACCACAUGCAGUGUAGUCAUACAAGGAUAUGGUCUUACGGAAAGCUGUUCUGGGUGCUUCACUUCCAUAGCAAAUGUAUUCUCCAUGAUGGGAACGGUUGGGGUUCCUGCUGCAACUAUAGAGGCAAGACUUGAGUCAGUGUUGGAACUGGGGUAUGAUGCACUCUCAGAUGUACCCCGAGGAGAGAUUUGCUUGAGGGGGAACACAUUGUUCUCUGGCUACCACAAGCGCGCAGACCUCUUAGAUGAAGUUCUUGUGGAUGGUUGGUUUCAUACAGGUGAUAUCGGAGAAUGGCAACCCAAUGGUGCAAUGAAGAUCAUAGACAGAAAGAAGAACAUCUUUAAAUUGUCCCAAGGAGAAUAUGUUGCUGUGGAAGUCCUCGAAAACACAUACAUGCAGUGUCCUCUCGUCGCCUCGGUUUGGGUCUACGGAAACAGCUUCGAGUCCUUUCUUGUGAGCGUCGUUGUUCCUGAGAAGAACUCAUUAGAGGAAUGGGCAGCAGCCAAUAAGGCGAAAGGUAGCUUUGAACUGUUGUGCAAGCAUCCUGAAGCAAGGAAGCACGUUCUCGAGGAGCUCAAUUACACUGCUCGCAAACACCAACUAAAGGGAUUCGAGAUGUUGAAAGCAGUUCAUCUUGAGCCAAGACCAUUUGACAUGGAGAGGGACCUCAUCACUCCGACCUUCAAACUGAAGCGGCCGCAAUUGCUCAAACAUUUCAAGGAAUGCAUUGAUGGGCUUUACCGAGAAGCUAAAGUUCUCUAAAUUGGACAAGUAGGCACUCGUAUGCGACGCUCAACUUGAAAUGCUUGCAAGUUCAAUAAUCAGUCAUGGUAGGAUCUCUCUUCCUACCAUGUUUAGAAGCAAUCAUGAAGUGGAGGAAUAUAAUUAAAAGAACAAAAUAAGUAUGUUUUUUGGGUAUUCCUUUGUAAUUGUUGCCUUGAUACUCUUACAAGAAAUUGCUUUAUCAUCAGCAAGUUUC